UUCUAUGACUAGGUCAAGUAAGGACAGCUGAAUUGACUUGACUGUAGAAGCACAUCUUCAGAGUUUGUGUGAAGGUCCUGAAAAUUAGCCUCUUGUAGACUCAGUUAGGCAAUUGGAGUAAACAUAACUCAGAGGUUUUGCUGUGAAAACCAGAAGUGUUUUGCAUAUUAACUAUAGGUUGUAGCCACUGUCUAUAGAAUAGCUGCGCAGCGGAUCCAACACCUCAUGUUUUCGCAGAGAAAGCCGAAUUGACUCUGUAUGUGUUAAGGGUUUCUUGUGUACUUUGGGAAGACACAACGAAUAAGCAUGGCAAGAUAUGAAAGUCAGAGACGUAAACAACAUGACAGGUGAAGGAGCUGCGGAAGCUGGAGAUGAAGCAUUGGUACACGGUAGAGAUAGUCUGCGUCUCUAUCUUGGUUGGUUACGCAAUCAACUACUUCACUGGAAAACGUGAGAAUGAAAACCUCGCUUUGGCUUGGGCCUCAAAAUUUUGUGUUAAAGACUCGAUAUUAGAGAAAAACUUCAGUUUGUUGGGAGUUGGUGAAGGAGAGGACUCGCCGUUAAUGCUGAAAGAAGCGGCGAACGUGUUAAAGUUCUACGCGAGCGGGCGUAGGUAUUGUCAUGGGCUAUUGGCGACCAUGGAGCUUAAGAGCCGGCACAAUUUGAUAUUGAGGCUCUUCAACUCAGUUGUACCUUGUAAAGAUGAGAUCAGUUUCGAAGUGCACAUGAACGAUGAAGCCAUGGAUCACAUCGUGUUUGCAAUGGUGAGGAAAAAUGCUAUGAAAACGAUGCACAAGGAGCUGAGGGAUCUACAGAGGUUUGGAGGAAUGGUGCCCGUUCCCGGGGGGAGGAAGUGGGUAUCAGAGGAGUUAGCUGUGAUGUCCGAGUCUAAGGAGGUAGCUAGGGAUAUGAUUACAGAUCUGGUACUUGGUAAGGUUUUUGGUGACAAGUCAUUCGAAAAGUUUGGGAAGUAUUUCAUAUCAAUGCAUUUUUCGGACCAACAUCCUGGUAAACACAGGAAGAUGCUGCUUUUCAAGUUUGCCCUACCAGAUGCUGAACACAUGGAUGAUACGGUUCGGUUGGUAACACUUAUUCCGUAUUACAUUGACUUAGUUGGACGCUACAAGUUCAGCUCACAGGCUGAUGCGGCUAUACACGAGAUGAGGAGGCAAGGUCCAACCGCACCGGUCAGCUCAAUCAAAAAUUCCAAAAAGACCAAGUCAAUUGGCUAAGUCGUCUUCCCUUUUGUUUAAGUUUUGCAAAUAACAGAGUGAAGUUAUCCUCGUCUGUACUUUUCAUUUGUGAUUCCAAGUUUGUAUGUCUCGAAUAAAAAAACAUGACAAGUAUGAAGUAUGAGUUCUAAAACCCAUUUAAUCUCUUA